CGGUUACAAAGUGAAGUUGUGGGGUGACUUUAUAUGGAGUUGGGACCUUUGGGGUUGGGGAAACUUGUCACUCUACUGUAACAGCUGCAAAUAGGUUGGGAACAACCAAGCUAGGUUGGCAAGGGUGGCCAACUUGGAUGGAUUGGUUGGGAAGGGACAAAGGUCAAAGUUGAGGUUCCUAUAGGGAGGGAAUCUUUGUGCUUAUGGGGUUUCCUUGGUUGGGGACUCUCUUGGGACCUCCCCUCUCAUCCCUCUCUUCCUAUCCCAACCUUUCUCUUGCUCCUUCUAAUUUCCUUGUGAGAUUCUUGAACUUUGAUUGAACCUUUUGAGAUUGAGUUAAGUUCUCCUCCUACAGCUUACCCCCUAAUGCGUCGAAAGCCAUAACGUCGCGAAUACUUCAUCAAUCAACGUGAUUCAAAUUGGGAACGGUAGCUGAGAUUAAGAGCUACAACAUAUCCAAGUUUCGCGACAUUCCAACGGCUAGUUUUUCGUCGACGUCGUUUCUUGUGAAGACGACUUUUCUGUCCAGAAUUUCGGAUUUAUAUUUUGAGUAAUUCUAGCUCCUAAGUUCACCUAGACUCCGUCCUUAAUCCUAACAAGUGGUAUCAGAGCCAUAUUAAGGACAUUGAGAGGAGUCUACAGAAGUGUGAAGACCCUUCUAGACCCACCAUGGCCUGUGGGUGUGCCUAAGUGGUGUUCUAAAGGUUGGAUGUGUCUUCCGCUAAGGGGAAACUCUGCCGAAAUUUCGUGGACGCCGAUACUUGUGAAAAUAUCGAGGGAGCUGAGUGUGGACAGCAAAGGGGAGCUGAAAUUCGUCAUUUCUCAAGGAGAAGAUGAAUGAGAGAGGAGGAGAUGCUAAUGGAAGAGGAGCUGUAGCUGAGAAGGCAAGUGAGCCGCCGCCAUCAAAAGUUGAAGCUUUGGAUGGCUCCAAUUAUGAGGAAUGGAGCGGACGGAUGAGGAGUGCCUUCAAACGCUACAAGCUACUGAAGAUUGCUGUUGGGGAAGAGAAGAUGCCGGAAGAAGGCGAAGCACGUGAACGGUGGAUUGAGAAAAGCGCGGUGCUUUUCGACCUCAUCCUUCAAUCGGUCAACAAGGAGAUGUUCGAACACAUCAAGGAUCUUGUGGAGGCGGAUGAUUCGCGUCCAAGGGCGUGGAAACUACUACGCGAUGUGAUUCAGCCCAACACUCUCCCGAUGGUGAUCGUGCUCGAGAAGGAACUUGCUGCCAUCUCCAUGCGACCAGGGGACGAUGUGAAGCCGGUCCUUGACAAGAUCAAGGACACCUAUGCAAGGAUGGCAGCAGCGGGCAGCAGUGUAUCUCAGCUGCAGCAGUGCACCAAGAUCAUCUCGCAAGAUCAAUGGACACCUGAGUGGCUAAGGCAGCAGAUUCUGCAGGAGGACUUCCGCAGACGCCAUGUGGGAGGCGGUGCUGCCACUAAGACUGCUGAGGGGUAUGGAGCUGCAGGGCGCGGCAGAGGAAGAGGGGGUUGGAGAGGCCGAGGCCGUGGGAGAAGCUUUGGCAGAGGUAGAGGCCGAGGUGACUAUAAUGAGGGGCAUGGGAGCUCCAGUGGCAGGGGGAGUACCAGAAUGGAGGGCACCUGCUGGUACUGCAAGAAGAUAGGGCAUCCUUGGUUCAAGUGCUUCAGCAGGCCGGAGGGAUGGGCACCUCCAGGCAUGAAGCCGCCCAGUGGUGAACGCGCACAAGGUGGCGCUGUGCAAGGUUCAGGUGCACAAGGUGAAGGUACACAAGGUAAUGCCUAUCCUGGUUUGUUUCUUAUGGUUGAGGAUGUGCAUGGGCAUGAGGGUGAUGUGGGAUCUGUCGGAAAGGUUGUGAUGCACCCUCUCACGCACUGGGUGAUUGAUUCGGGUUGCACCAGUCACAUGACCCCACGGGCAGAUUUGCUUGAUGAGGUAAAACCCCCUGGGAAGAUCAAGUAUGUGGCAGCAGCGUCAGGUGCUUUGCUCCCUGUGAUUGGCGUUGGGAAUGCCAAGGUUAAGGGAGCUAAUGGGGAGCUUGUGGGGCUUGGGAAUGUUCUGCUAGUUGAAGGUUUGUCUGCUAACCUUCUCUCUGUGCGGCGACUGCAGAAGAGCAAGGCCGAAGUGACCUUUGGACCAACCAGCUGCCGUGCUAAGCUUGGGAAGAAGGUGCUGUGGAGUCUGGAAGAGGAGACCAGCUGCAUCAAGGACCUAUGGCAGCUGCCCAUCAUCCCUUGGAAUGGGAAGACUCCAACAACAGCAACGGCAGCAGCGGCAAAGGCAACAGCAGGAGGAGAUGCAACUGCACCAACUGAUGGGGUCCUGGAAGCAGUCAAGAAAGUGCAGCAGCAGCAGAAACAUAGUGAGGUGCUUGCUGGUGUGGAUGCAAGUGCGGCAUGGGCUAAGGCUUCAUCAAGGAGUGGUGAGGCCGAUUGGGAGACAUGGCAUGAGAGGCUGUGUCAUGUGAACUUCCCUAUGCUGCAGAAGUUGGUAAAGGAUGGGAGCCUGAAAGGCUUGGAGGUGAAAGGGGGAGUGAAGGAGAUUGGGAGCUGCCCUACAUGCUUGGAGACCAAGUUCUCCAAGUUCCCUUUCAACAGCACUACAGGACCAGCCAAGACCCCACUUGCACUUGUGCACAUGGAUGUGGUGGGGCCCACAAGAGCCCCUUCCCUCUCAGGCAGCUGCUAUUUCUUGACAAUUGUGGAUGACCACACUCGGGCAGUGUGGGUUUACCCUUUGAAGAGCAAGGGGGAGGUGGCAGCGGCUGUCCUUAAGGAGUGGAUGCCUAGAGCUCAGAGGGAAUGCGGACACAAGGUGAAGGUGAUCCGCAGUGAUAAUGGUGGGGAGUUCAUUGGAGCUGAUUUUGAGGGGGAGUUGAAGAGGAAGGGGAUCCAGCAUCAACUGACAGUGCCCUACAACCCGCAGCAGAAUGGCGUGGCUGAGAGGUUCAACAGGACCCUGCAGGAGGGGGCACGCACUCUCCUUGGGCGUGCAGGGCUGCCUGAUCCGUUUUGGGUGUCUGCACUGAGGCAGAUCGCCCUUGUGAAGAACAGGGUGCUGGCCACAGUUGGGGAUAAGGAGUGGAUUCCAUAUACUAAGUGGUAUGGGAGUGCUCCAGCUGUGAACAUGCUGAGGGCAUUUGGGUGCAUGGUGGUGUUUCAUGUGCCUAAGGAGAAAAGGGGGAAGUUGGAGGCUUCUGGAAGAUGGGGUGUGCACUUGGGGAUUGCAAAGGAUCACAAAGCGUGGCUGCUAUGGGACUUGACCACCCAGAAGUUGACAGUGUCAAGGGAUGUGAAGUUUCUUGAGUCCCUGUACUACAAGGAAUGGAAGCAGCAGCAACAGAAGCUUCCAUCUACACCGCUCAUUGUGGAGGCAGAUGAGGUGCAGCAGCCUUCAAGACAGGUGGAGGUUGCAGUGUCUGAGGAGGAGAUGUCUGGGGUGACUGAGGAAGGGGGAGCAGCUGAAGUAGAGCAGCAGCAGCAGCAGCAUGAGUCUCCACCUCGAGUUCCACACCCGCCUGAGCGUCCUAGGAGGGAUGUGCGCCCUCCAGUGAGGCUGACCUAUGGGGGAAGAGGCAAGUCGAAUGUGGUGCAGGCUGGGAGUGUGGUUGAGCAGAUUGAGGAAGAUGAGAUCGCUCACUGCUACUGGGCACCAAUCCCUGAGCCCAAGACUCGAGAAGAGGCCUUGAAUGGACCAAAUGGGGAGAAGUGGAAGGCGAGUGAGGAUGAGGAGUUUGGGUCCCUGAUUGAGAACGAGACAUGGGACCUGUGUGACUUGCCUCCUGGAAAGAAGGCAAUCACUUCCAAGAUGAUCUACAGGCACAAGUAUGGACCUGAAGGGGAGCUGACCCGCUACAAGUCGAGGCUUGUGGCAAGGGGGUUUCAGCAGACAAAAGGGAAGGACUAUGAUGAGGUGUUUGCUCCUGUGGGGAAAGGAACAACACUGAGGGUGCUGUUAGCGAUAGCUGCACUCCUGGGAUGGAAGAUACGGCAGAUGGACAUUGUGACUGCUUUUCUGAAUGGGAUCAUUAUGGAGGAGGUGUACAUGAAGCAGCCAGAGGGGCUGGAUGAUGGGAGCGGCAGGGUCUGCAGGCUGAAGAAGGCCAUUUAUGGCCUUAAGCAGGCGCCUCGUGCAUGGUAUCACAAGUUGGAGGAGGCGCUGUUGGCUGGGGGUUUCAAGAAGAGUGAGUGUGACCCCAGCCUGUUCCUGCUGCAGGAGAAGGAUGAAAUCCUCAUGCUCUUGGUGUAUGUGGAUGAUAUCCUUCUCUUUUCUGCAUCAACUGCUUUGCUGGACAGCGCAGAGCAGAUGCUGGAGAUGCAGUUCAAGUGCUCCAAGAUGGGUGAGGUGAAGUACUACCUGGGGAUGCAUGUGGAGAGAGAUGUGGAAAAGGGUGUGCUGAGGUUGCACCAGAGGAAGUACUGUGAGGGGCUGGCUGAGAAGUAUGGGCUGCAAGAUGGGGGAAAGCCAGCAACACCACUACCUUCAGGGUUUACUGUGGGGCCAUGUGCUGAUGAGGAGGUAGUGGGUAAGAGUGACAGGAAGCUGUUUCAUUCGAUGGUUGGGUCGCUGAAUUAUGCUGCAAAUCAUACACGGCUUGACAUUGCAUUUUCUACAUCACGGUUGGCUAGUGUGGUCUCACGCCCUAGUCAUGAGCAGCUGGAAGCGGCCAAGAGGUUGGUCCGCUAUGUGAGUGAUACGGCAUCAGUGGGAUUGGAGUACAGUGGAGUGAGGCAGCGGUUGCAGAGAGGUGCUGCAGAUGUGAAGAGUGGAGAGAUGCUCUUGAGUUGCUAUACUGACGCUAGCUUCAACUCAGUGAAAGCGGAUGGCACCAGCAUUGGGGGAUAUGUGUGCUUGCUAGGAGGUGGUGCUGUGAGCUGGCGCAGCAAGAAGCAGAAUGAGGUGGGAUUGUCCUCAUGUGAGACUGACAGGCAGCAGAUAUUUUCACUAAGCGUCUGGCGGAGGCGGAUCAUUGGAAGGGCAUGAAGCUUGCUGGGAUGAGUGUGCAUUGAGUAUGCAUGCUUGAGAUGUGGUAUGGUGGAUGAUGGUUGGCAGCCAGAGGGGGAGAUUGUUGUGUGAUGUCAUCAUAUGCUAUCACAUUCUGUCUGCCUCCCAUCCCAUGUUUUCAACUUGCAUGUGUGGUUUGAAUGUGCAAGCAUUUGUGUGUGGUGUGUUCUGGAGUUUGGGAAUGUGUUUUGUGUUAUUUUUGUUUGAGCAGGUAUUUGUGAUGAUAGAUCUUGAGAAGAUCUUUCCGACGCAACAAGAAUCGCUUCAAUCGGAGCAAGAACGCGAAAGCUAUGAAGAUUCAAAGUUCAUGAGCUUGCGUUACAAUUGCGGCGGUUACAAAGUGAAGUUGUGGGGUGACUUUAUAUGGAGUUGGGACCUUUGGGGUUGGGGAAACUUGUCACUCUACUGUAACAGCUGCAAAUAGGUUGGGAACAACCAAGCUAGGUUGGCAAGGGUGGCCAACUUGGAUGGAUUGGUUGGGAAGGGACAAAGGUCAAAGUUGAGGUUCCUAUAGGGAGGGAAUCUUUGUGCUUAUGGGGUUUCCUUGGUUGGGGACUCUCUUGGGACCUCCCCUCUCAUCCCUCUCUUCCUAUCCCAACCUUUCUCUUGCUCCUUCUAAUUUCCUUGUGAGAUUCUUGAACUUUGAUUGAACCUUUUGAGAUUGAGUUAAGUUCUCCUCCUACAGCUUACCCCCUAAUGCGUCGAAAGCCAUAACGUCGCGAAUACUUCAUCAAUCAACGUGAUUCAAAUUGGGAACGGUAGCUGAGAUUAAGAGCUACAACAUAUCCAAGUUUCGCGACAUUCCAACGGCUAGGUUUUCGUCGACGUCGUUUCUUGGGAAGACGACUUUUCUGUCCAGAAUUUCGGAUUUAUAUUUUGAGUAAUUCUAGCUCCUAAGUUCACCUAGACUCCGUCCUUAAUACUAACAGACUUUUGUGGGUGUAGUUCGACGAGUUUCCGACAGAGGAGGGAGCUGUCCAGCGGUCAGUAGGCGAGCUCGUUAAAGCUCCUCUAACUAGAAGCGUGCGCACUCCUAUCUCUGCGGAUUCUCCUAGUUAGUUUAGCAGCAGCGAAGCAGUUUUGGGUAACCUGCAGCAGCUGCGAGAUGGGUGAACGUCGGCACGGCCAGCUGGUCAGGGGUACCAUGGUAUUUUAGGCAUUUGGGUUACAGCUGUGAGGAGAUCGACGGCGUAUGAUACGCAUUGACCCUAGAUCGACGGCCAAAACUGUUUGUGCAACCCUAUGGCUUGCACUCGGCUUGUCGUCCUUGUUUGUGUGUGUGUGUGCAUGCAUGGCAUGGAAUGACUUGUGAGUCUAUGUCAUUGCUAUCUAGUGCUUGUGUGUGUGUGUGAAUGGUGUAUCACAAUGUGGUUUGUGUCGGUCAAGACAUUAGCGAGUUUUCACAACUCGCAUGUCAAGUCGUCGUUUGCGCGUCGCAUGUGCUUUCUCUAUUUUGUCGAGUGUGAAGUGUCCAUCUCAUCGCAGGUGUGUGCAGCAAGCCCUCAUCAUCUCAAGAAGAACUGAUCUUGCUGAACCAAGACCAAGAGCUCAAGAUUUCAAGCCCAAGGGACGUGGACAAACAUUAAAAUUGUGAAAAUAUUAAUGCUACUUCAAGUAGUGUUACAUUUCACUUGGUGUAGCCCCUUGUUGGGUUUGUUUCGAGUCUCCUCAUGGUUGGGGACUCUGUGGUGAUGUACCACCAACUUGGACCUCGGCUCUUGGGGUAUGUAGAGGCUGGAAACCAUCCCUACCUCGAAUUCUUCUUCCAAAGUUUUUUGUACUCCUAAGACUAUUGUGGCUGCUGUACCUCCUGCGAGUCAAACCGCCAUAGCG